CCAGGAGGAGGAAUUCAGACCGACGAUUGGAAAGUUCAGCGCCCACCAGCUGACGAACGGGAACGGCCUACGACUCAUCGAUUUCGCCACCUCCAAGAACAUGGCCAUACGUAGCACCUUCUUCCAACACCACCUCCCCUAUCGUUACACCUGGAGAUCACCACAGCAGACGGAAUCGGAAAUCGACUACGCGCUGAUUGAUGGACGGCACUUCUCCGACAUUAUCGACGUCAGAACCUAUCGUGGCGCUAACAUCGACUCUGACCACUACCUGGUGAUGGUCAAACUGCGCCCAAAACUUUCCGUCAUCAACAAUGUACGGUACCGACGCCCGCCACGGUACUAUCUAGAGCGACUGAAGCAACCGGAUGUCGCCUUAGCAUACGCGCAGAAUCUCGAGGCAGCGUUGCCAGAGGAGGGCGAGCUCAAUGUGCCCCCUCUAGAGGACUGCUGGAGUACAGUAAAAGCAGCCAUCACCGACGCAGCCGAGAGCACCAUCGGGUACGUGGAAAGAAGUCGACGGAAUGAAUGGUUCGACGAGGAGUGCAGAGCAAUUUUGGAGGAGAAGAUCGCAGCGCGGGCGGUAAUGCUGCAGCAUGGAACCCGACAGAACGUGGAACGGUAUAAACAGAAGCGGAAACAGCAGACCCGCAUCUUUCGGGAGGAAAAACGCCGCUUGGAAGAAGUGGAGUGCGAGGAAAUGGAACUGCUGUGCCGUUCCCAAGAAACACGGAAGUUCUACCAGAAGCUCAACGCAUCCCGCAACGGCUUCGUGCCGCGAGCCGAAAUGUGCAAGGAUAAGGACGGGAGCCUCUUGACGGACGGACGUGAGGUGAUUGAAAGGUGGAAGCAGCACUUCGAUGCGCACCUGAAUGGCGAGGAGAACGUAGGCACGGGAGACCAGCGCAAUGGAGGAAACGACUACGUCAGUGCAGCAGAGGACAGAACUGACCCAACUCCCACGCUGAGGGAAGUUAAGGAUGCCAUUCAGCAGCUCAAAAACAACAAAGCAGCUGGUAAGGAUGGUAUCGCAGCCGAACUCAUCAAGAUGGGCCCAGAAAAGUUGGCCACCUGCCUGCACCGGAUGAUAGUCAGGAUCUGGGAAACAGAACAGCUACCGGAGGAGUGGAAGGAGGGGGUAAUCUGCCCCAUUUACAAGAAUGGCGACCAUUUGGAACGUGAGAACUUCAGAGCGAUCACCAUUUUGAAUACCGCCUACAAAGUGCUAUCCCAGAUCAUCUUCCGUCGUCUAUCACCUAAAAUGACCGAGUCCGUGGAAAGUUAUCAAGCCGGCUUCAUCGACGGCCGAUCGACAACGGACCAGAUCUUCACCGUACGGCAAAUCAUCCAGAAAUGCCGUGAAUACCAGGUCCCAACGCAUCAUUUGUUCAUCGACUUUACGGCGGCAUACGACAGUAUCGACCGCACAGAGCUAUGGAAAAUCAUGGACGAGAACGGCUUUCCUGGGAAGCUGAUCAGACUGAUCAAAGCAACGAUGGACGGUGUGCAAAACUGCGUAAGGGUUUCGGGUGAAUUAUCCAGUUCAUUCGAAUCUCGCCGGGGACUCCGGGGUACGAUUUUCACGAAAUCCGGUCAAUUUGUGUGCUUUGCGGACGACAUGGACAUUAUCGCAAGAACAUUUUGAACGGUGGCAGAACUAUACACCCGCCUGAAACACGAAGCAGCAAAGGUCGGACUGGUAGUGAGUGCGUCACAAACAAAGUACAUGCUAGUAGGCGGAACCGAACAUGACAGGAUUCGUCUAGGAAGUAAUGUCACGAUAGACGGGGAUACUUUCGAGGUA